GCAGCAUCUGUACCUCUCACUAACGUCUCUUCAGCGGGGAGCUUGCAACAGUUCUCACAAGUGCAUUCGUUUCCUGAACAGUGCUUUUCCAGGAGCAGCUUAAAAAACUUUUAAAUUUACAGUUUUAGCUGGGCUCAUCUGCCAGUGACCUGCAUCAGUUGACCUAUGGUCAUCCAAAGCCUCUCAGAAAAGCAUCAUUUUCGUUAACUGGUUUAGUUUAGAUUCUCCACGGAUCUUCAGAACAGUAGUUUGUUGGCAAACCAACAUUUCACAGCUCAAGGUUGUCACAGUUUCCUGUGUGGUGUGAAGCUUGUCAGUUUGAUCAAACGGAGUUCAUGCUUCUGCUAUUCAGUAGCUUGUCCAGCAGUCCAAAUGUCAAACCCAGUGGUCACCAGUCAACCUGGUGCAGGGAGCUAUGGGACAAAUGUCCAGACUGGAGAUUGGAGCACAGGCUUGUGUUCCUGCUUUAAUGACUGUUUAGUCUGUGCCCUUGGUUGUUUCUGUCCAAUUGCUCUGAGCUGCUACACAGCAAAUAACUAUGGCGAAAACCCCUGCCUAGGUUGUGUCCCAGGAGGCAUGACCGCCAUGAGGACUCAUAUGAGACUGACGUAUGGUAUUCAGGGGACGGUAUGCAACGACGCCCUCAUGACCUUUUUCUGCGGACUUUGUGAACUGUGCAGGAUGGCGCGAGAAAUUCGCAUCAGGAAUGGAGAAAUUUCACAGUAACGUGAUGAUAAUUUAGGAAGUUCUGCGCUUAUACAAAAUACUGAAGAUUUAAUAGAAAUGAGAAGGAAGAGGAGUAGCCAAUAAAAUUUGCAGUUCAGUGUAAUAAGUGUAUUUCUGCUCAUAUUAAAAACCUGCUGUCUUGUACAGGUCCUUCUCAAAAUAUUAGCAUAUUGUGAUAAAGUUAAUUAUUUUCCAUAAUGUAAUGAUGAAAAUUUAACAUUCAUAUAUUUUAGA